UGCCACAGCUCUGUGUUCUACUUCUUCCCAUCCUCUGUCUGAACAGAAGCCAGACUUAUUUUACUCAGCAUCUGUGCCUGUCCUCUACAAAACCAUGUGGCUCUCCCUGGUGGUCCUUGUAGGCCUGUACUACCUUCUGCGCUGGUACAGGGAGAGGCAGGUGGUGAGCCACCUCCAAGACAAGUAUGUCUUCAUCACAGGCUGUGACUCGGGCUUCGGGAAUCUGCUGGCCAGGCAGCUGGACAUGCAAGGCAUGAGGGUGCUGGCUGCAUGUCUGACAGAGGAGGGGGCCAAACAGCUGAGGGACCGGACAUCAGCGAGGCUGGAGACGGUGACCCUGGAUGUUACCAACACAGAGAGCAUUGCUGCAGCCACCCAGUGGGUGAAGGAGCAUGUGGGAGAGAGAGGGCUCUGGGGCCUGGUGAAUAAUGCCGGCAUUGCCUUACCCAUUGCUCCCAAUGAGUGGCUGACCAAACAGGACUUUGUGAGAGUACUGGAGGUGAACCUGCUGGGAGUGAUCGAGGUGACUUUGAGCCUGCUACCCUUAGUGAGGAAGGCGAGGGGCCGCGUGGUCAAUGUCGCCAGUAUCCUGGGCCGGGUGUCACUCAGCAGUGGCGGCUACUGCAUCUCCAAAUACGGCGUAGAGGCCUUCUCUGACAGCCUCAGGAGAGACCUCUUUUAUUUUGGGGUGAAGGUGGCUAUAAUUGAGCCUGGUUUCUUCAGAACCAACAUUUUACCUCUUGAGAAAUUCUCACAGACCCUAAAGAAUCAAUGGAACCAGGCCAGCUCAGAGGUCAAAGAGACCUAUGGAGAGAAGUUUCUGGCAUCCUACAUGAAAACAAUUACAUCAUUGGAGAACAUGUGCUCAGAGGACUUGUCCUUGGUGACAAACUGCAUGGAGCAUGCWCUGACUGCCUGUUACCCCCGCACACGGUAUUCAGCUGGCUGGGAUGCCAAGCUCUUCUACAUCCCCAUGAGCUACCUGCCGACCUUCCUAGUGGACGCCAUAAUCUCCUGGAAUGCUCCAAAGCCUGAAAAGACCCUGUGAAGUCAACGUUGGAGUGCAUGGGUUGUGGGAAGUUGGGUACUGUGUGAGGGAGGGGAUGCUUCAAGGGAAGGAAACUAGGGCGGAGGGAGGGAGCAGUCAUGUCACUAUGUUAUCUAUCCUACUUUCUUCAUUCAAAGGAUUCUGCUAAGAUAUCGCUCACAACUGGUAAAUCAGGAGAAAAGACUCAAGGAAUUCUGCUAAGGAAUAGGAACUUCAUAGCACUCAUUGAUGUCCAAUUGAUUUUGGUAUCUGUUCAAGUUUCUAAGCCUUUUGACCAACCAUGAGGAAUCUACACAGGUGGGAAAGUUGUAAGCAGGUGAGAGGAUGCUCAGCUCACACCUGCUGUGCCUUCUGUCCUCCUGUCCUUCUCCUCAGGCUAUGCAUUAUCCCUGGCUAGUUUAUAUCCUCACAUAGUAUGCAGAUGGCCUGGAGAAAGCAGGGGCACUCAUCCUCUGAUAUCAUCUGUGCACCUCAUGAGGGGGUUUAGGAGGGCAACAAGCAGCCAACCUAUACCCUCAAGUCUUAGGAGCCAAGUCUGUAGGCAUUGGUGGGGAGGAGGUGUCCUCAAUACAGAUCCUGGCAGAGGACUCAGAAAUCAAUUUUUUAUUUGUCUUGAAAYCAUGGCUUUCUUUUGAUUAGUUUUGUUUUAGAAUAAAAUUCAAAAACUUCACCAGUGCCCAGUGAUUUGAACUAAGGGCAUGAGGAAAAAUGUGGUGUGGACCACUGGGAGGAAGAGUCAGGUGCCUUCAUGGAGAAUAGGGGAUGAAAGGAAUGACCUUAGGUGGGAUCAGAAGAGGGAAGUGGUAUAAUCCCUGCCCUCUCUAUCCUCUCUGCCACAGAGGUGAGAGGGACUUGUUUCCCUUCUGAGACUUCCAAAUACCUUGAUUCACAAGAUCAGAUAGCAGAUGGGCCAGUGUGGAGAUGUUCAGAGGAUCUGGCAUGUCUCAGAUCCCUUUCCUGGGUAGCUGAAACUUCCCUCCCCUCACCAGUCACCUCUCUGUGACCCUCAGUGACCUACAUUGAUUUUAAACUCACUGCAAUUCUGUCCUGUCAUUUCUCAAGUCUGUCACUGCUGUUCUACUCCCUCUUCCUUCUGGUGGCAUGGAGUGAGAGUCACUUCUGGACCCUGGUCUUUCCUUUUCUGCUCAACAUUUGCUGAGCACCUCCUGUAUGCUGGACAAGAAAGCCUUGAAUUAUCCCCAACUUCCUAAGACCCAGCUCUAUGUGUUGUCCGUAUAGUGAUGGUCGUCUGGAGUCGGGGCUGAAUAGAGAGAGCAUUUGCAGAAAGUGAUGGAGAGUCCUGGGAGGAGUCGUUGGAGUUGGGUAGUAUCACCCCAGGAGUCUUGGUUUUCUUGCCUUGAGGAUUUGGACCCUUUAGAGAAUCUUGUGUAAUUGGUUCACACAAGGACACAGUGUAAAUGGAUACAGUGACCUGUGUCCAUUGUGAAAACAGUGAUAUCUAAUAUUGCAGGGCUAUUCAUUUUUA